AGCGACAGUCACGCGGGUAUCUCAAGUUCAUGUGACUGUGAGUGUAUGAAUCAAUAGAGUAUAUCCGUCUGCGAAAAGAUAUUUGUUAUAAAGUAAGCGUUUUAGCAUUAAGUUUAAUAGUUGCUGUUUUGAUAUUGUGGGCAAGGACAUUGAGUGAAUUUUGCUCGAGGAUAAAAUAAUAUUGGUAAAAACGUUUUGGACUUACCAAUAUAGACGUAACUAAAAUAGAAAGUCCAACGCUCGUCAUGUCUAAAGAGCACGAGGCAUUUCAGCAAAGAACACAGGAUGGCGGGAUACCAGUAUAUAAUACGGCAAUGCCGGGGACCUGUGUAAUGCCAGGACCGGUCUUAAACCCGAUGUACCAUGGAGGGCCCGGUACAUCCCAGGGUUCCAAUUGUCACCGGAAGAAGUCAUACCUGGAGGCAUACAUGUUGUGGCUGCUGCUUGGUCUGUUAGGCGCGCACCAUUUCUACUUGAGACGACCAGGCUUUGGAGUCUUGUACUUCUUUACAUUCGGAUUGGGCGGCUGUGGUUGGCUGUUCGAUAUGUUCCGUCUUCCGUACCUGGUCAACAAGACCAACAAAGAGCUGCAAGAAAACAUCCCUAGAAACGAGAAGAACAUAAGUGACGCAUACACGCUUUGGUUCCCUUUCGGUCUACUCGGUUUUCAUCACUUCUACCUGAACAAGCCUGGUUUCGGUGUCCUGUACCUGUUCACGUUCGGGCUGUUCGGCAUAGGUUGGCUGGUGGACCUCUUCCUUAUCCCGUACCACGUGCGCAAGGCCAACGACGCAAGUCCCACUAAUAAGGAGAAACAGGUCGGGACGGCCUACGCGCUUGGAGUAUCGCCCAUAGGCCUUCUGGGCGCGCACCAGUUCUACUUGAACCGUCCCGAGUACGGGCUGCUCUACUUCUUCACGUUCGGCAACUUUGGUAUCGGCUGGAUUGUAGACUGGUUCCGACUUCCGGUUCUCGUAAAGCGCGCUAACAAGCACAUGGCGCUUGGAAAUGACGGCACCCGAUACCUAGACGACGCGUAUAUCCUGUGGUUUCCACUCGGCAUUCUGGGCGCUCACCACUUCUAUCUGAACAGGCCGCUAUGGGGCAUUCUGUACUUCUUCACAUUCGGAUUGUUCGGGAUCGGCUGGCUGGUGGACGGCUGUAGGAUGCCCUGUCUGGUAAAGGAUACAAACAAGCUGAAGGAAGAGAGACGCCGUCUCCCUACGCAGGCUAACGGUUUCGGCUACGGCUACCAAGGUGCAAUAAUCUCCACGACGGGCAUGACAACGGGCGCGGUAGGAUAUGGAGCUCCCGUUAUCUACCCGACACUACCGGUUGCGCCUUACCCGCAACAGCAGCUGUAUCCUACGCAGCACGCUUAUCAACCGGCUGGUCCAUACGGCCCACAUACAAUCGGCCAAAAUGGACCGCAACAAAACGGCUACCAGCAACCUCCUGCGUAUGCGGCCACCAAUAACGAUGUCAAGAGCCUGGGUGUUGGUAGAGAUGUCAAGAGCCUGGGUGUUGGUAGAGAUGUUAAGAGCCUGGGUUUUGGUAGAGAUGUCAAGAGCCUGGGUGUUGGUAGAGAUGUCAAGAGCCUGGGUGUUGGUAGAGAUGUCAAGAGCCUGGGUGUUGGUAGAGAUGUCAAGAGCCUGGUUGUUGGUAGAGAUGUCAAGAGCCUGGGUGUUGGUAGAGAUGUCAAGAGCCUGGGUGUUGACGUAACUAAAAUAGAAAGUCCAACGCUCGUCAUGUCUAAAGAGCACGAGGCAUUUCAGCAAAGAACACAGGAUGGCGGGAUACCAGUAUAUAAUACGGCAAUGCCGGGGACCUGUGUAAUGCCAGGACCGGUCUUAAACCCGAUGUACCAUGGAGGGCCCGGUACAUCCCAGGGUUCCAAUUGUCACCGGAAGAAGUCAUACCUGGAGGCAUACAUGUUGUGGCUGCUGCUUGGUCUGUUAGGCGCGCACCAUUUCUACUUGAGACGACCAGGCUUUGGAGUCUUGUACUUCUUUACAUUCGGAUUGGGCGGCUGUGGUUGGCUGUUCGAUAUGUUCCGUCUUCCGUACCUGGUCAACAAGACCAACAAAGAGCUGCAAGAAAACAUCCCUAGAAACGAGAAGAACAUAAGUGACGCAUACACGCUUUGGUUCCCUUUCGGUCUACUCGGUUUUCAUCACUUCUACCUGAACAAGCCUGGUUUCGGUGUCCUGUACCUGUUCACGUUCGGGCUGUUCGGCAUAGGUUGGCUGGUGGACCUCUUCCUUAUCCCGUACCACGUGCGCAAGGCCAACGACGCAAGUCCCACUAAUAAGGAGAAACAGGUCGGGACGGCCUACGCGCUUGGAGUAUCGCCCAUAGGCCUUCUGGGCGCGCACCAGUUCUACUUGAACCGUCCCGAGUACGGGCUGCUCUACUUCUUCACGUUCGGCAACUUUGGUAUCGGCUGGAUUGUAGACUGGUUCCGACUUCCGGUUCUCGUAAAGCGCGCUAACAAGCACAUGGCGCUUGGAAAUGACGGCACCCGAUACCUAGACGACGCGUAUAUCCUGUGGUUUCCACUCGGCAUUCUGGGCGCUCACCACUUCUAUCUGAACAGGCCGCUAUGGGGCAUUCUGUACUUCUUCACAUUCGGAUUGUUCGGGAUCGGCUGGCUGGUGGACGGCUGUAGGAUGCCCUGUCUGGUAAAGGAUACAAACAAGCUGAAGGAAGAGAGACGCCGUCUCCCUACGCAGGCUAACGGUUUCGGCUACGGCUACCAAGGUGCAAUAAUCUCCACGACGGGCAUGACAACGGGCGCGGUAGGAUAUGGAGCUCCCGUUAUCUACCCGACACUUCCGGUUGCGCCUUACCCGCAACAGCAGCUGUAUCCUACGCAGCACGCUUAUCAACCGGCUGGUCCAUACGGCCCACAUACAAUCGGCCAAAAUGGACCGCAACAAAACGGCUACCAGCAACCUCCUGCGUAUGCGGCCACCAAUAACGCACCGUCAUACAUGGGACAACCACCGCCCUAUGUCCCGUCUGUGGCGAUUCCGGACAAUAAACAGACGAUGUGAGUUCGUAUAAAAUGCCUUUCGAGGAGACCGUUUGAUCCGUGGUCCGACACCCGCAGUUGACCGCCAUGUGUCGAUUGAACGUUUAUAAAUAUUUUUCGUUCCGGUUUGCAAAACUUUGUUUUAAUUGACACGGCAAUACAGCUAUUCAACGGAAUACAUUUUACCGAUUUUGUUUCUAAAAUAAUUUAUCUUAUGUGUUAUAUAUUUGCCUCUUUUUUAUAGACAGUGCUGUGAUAACAGAACAUGUAAUGUUUACUUCUAAAUAUAUGUACUAAUGUUGAAAGCAACGAGGGGUCUUGAUGAUUUACACCGUGCGAGAUUGUGCAUAAUACAGCGGAAAAAUUGUAGACCGAAUGAUAUCGGGGCGUGUUUUUAGACCGACGUUUGUACUUUAAUUAAUUUUCUCUGUUCUUAUAUAAUGACGCACCCCUUCCGUUUCUAGGGAUGUGAACACGCUCUUUUAUUAUAAAUACACUGCAAGUUAUGUAUGCCAGCUUACCGGCAUCAUUGAAAUGCACAUUAUUUAUCUACAUAUCACAAUUCUAAGACUUACUACACGAACACUGCAUGAACUCUGCAUGUAUAUUAAAUAGUUGAUAUAAAUGCAUAUCGGUAAUUCAUAAAUUUUAUAAAUAUGAAAGAUUUUUGGAGAUUAAAUUGACAAUUAUAUUUCGAUUGGUUAAUGAUAAUGAACCCGUUUGACUGAUUUUACAGCAGGGUUUAUAUGCGGGCGUUAGAGCAUUCAAUAUUGGCGACUAAGAUGUGUUUUUCAAUGAUUUUUAGCAACCUUUUUUGGUACAUUGGUUUGUGUUUUAUCGUAAAAAAUAUAUGUUGUUAUAUUUUGUGUGAUGUCGAUAAUUUUGUAUUUGGC